GCACUGAGAUGGAGAGCUCUCAGCAGCAGCGCGCACACUGAGUCCACACACACCAAACCACAGGACCAUGUCGCAGUACACUCUGGGAGUCCACCUGCAGAUCCUGCUGGCUGUGGGUCUGGCUGUGUUCUGCUAUUGCCUGGUCAUUGGCUGCAUCCUUUGCUGUCGCAGAAAGAAGAGUGUUUCAUCGGAUGACAAAGAGGCAGUUUUCUUGUCUCCUCAUCCUGCUGAGAGGGUCACCGUGACAUUGACUCCAUCUCUGUGCACGCAGCCUGUCAAGCAGCAGUAUGAGGAGCUGGAUGGGGAUGUGCUGGACUUUCCGUCCUCUAAAAGCAGCUCUUCUCCCUCUGAGGAUGAUCUCACUGCUCUGCCCUUUGACCGCAGCCCCACCAGGUCUGCUGAGCUGGUGCAGUCUAGAUCUACUUUCCCAAUGCGGCGCCUCAGCACUCCAGCUGUUCCCUGCUCACCUAACAAACCUCCAAGUCACGGCAGAGCCUCUUUGCCGUCCAUCACUAAGCUGAGUUUUGUGUCUAAAUCCCGUCGGGCGAUGGGUCGGCGCAGCACCGUGAGUGGUGAAAGUUUAAUCUACAGUGAGAGCAGCUGUUUGACUGCAGCUGCCGCCGGAUCUCCUGUCCAGCAGGGGGAGUCCUGUACGUCACAGUACGGCUUGAACUCUGUCUCCAUCCUCUCCAAGUCAGCUCCUCUGUUGCACUUCUCCCUGCUCUUCUCUUCUGCCGGUGGCAAUCUGGUGGUCAACAUCCUGGGGUUCUCGGGGGCCAGUCGAAGGCGUAGUGGUGUGUUUGUUCGGGCCAGCCUUCCUCCACUCUGUCCGUCCCCUCAGCAGAUAGCCUCAAGGAGGCGCAGCCUCAGUCCAGAGCUCCAUAGUCAGAGCUUUGUGCUGCAGGUGGGAAGCGUGGAAGAGCUGCGCACCUGCACCUUAAGACUGGCCGUCUACAGCAGGGACUUCUCAGGCCUGAGAGAGGCUGCGCUGGGGGUGGUGGAGCUGCCCUGUGAGCAGAUGGACUGGGAGCCUGAUACCACCACUACCUACACCAGGCAGCUCAGCCCAACUAAAAACAAGCUGAAAAAGAGUGUGAGUUCUCAGGAAACGUUGGGCCGCAGGAAGAGCUCGGUGUGUGUGCCGCGGGCUUUGGGGCAACUCUUCAUCCUGCUGCAGUACCAGACGCUGGCCCAGCGCAUCAAGGUGAUGGUUCGAAAGGCUGAGAAUCUGGCCAAGCUCACACGGAUCCCAGGAGCUCCAGAGCACUAUGUUGUCAUUAACUUGCGUCAGGAUGGGAAAGUAAUCGGUACCAAGGAGACCAAAGGGGCCAGCGGUCCAAACCCCAUCUGGAACGCUCCUUUCCUGUUCGACCUGCCUCCUGGUGACAUGACCGAGCUGCCAUUGGUCCUUGAAUUCAUCAUCAUGCAGGGUCGUCUCUACACCAAGAGCAGCAUUCUGGGCCGCGUGCUGAUUGGCAGCGACGCUUCAGAGGCGGGACAGGGACACUGGAAGGAAAUGUGCAGUCGGGGGCAAAUCGAAACCGCUCGCUGGCACACCAUCAAAUCAGAUGUGCUGUAGGACCAGCUGACAGACUGGGAAAGGGCUGCAGUGUGUGCUGUUUUAGUUUGGUGGAUUUUUGACUGAUGUGAAAACUUGACAGUUUCUAUGUAACUUAUCAACAGAUGACGAGGAUGAGUUGAACAACUGCUGUUUUAGGG